CAAAACUCUCUCUCUUUUUUUAUUUACAGUUGAAACCAGUUUUUCCAGAUGUGUGUUAGGCUAAUGGCGCUAUAUCUCCAUGAAAUAAAACAAAUAAAUCAGAUUAUUUAAUUUCCACGUAUGCUUUAGGUUCAGAACAAAAACUGAGUUAGGGAUUCCUCUGCGCCUUGAUUUGAUCCUCUGUUUUUUUGGCUUUUACGCACAGCGCGUCACGUGCGCGCGGCAGGAGAGCGCGCGGCUCCGACGUGUAAACAAGAAGCCCGGUGGCUGUUUGAGUCGUUUAUUCUCAACAAUCUCAAUCCCACCCCGAUAAAAAAUAAAUAAACAAACAAAUAAAACCUCAUUCCAGCGGACCGCCCGCGCUUGGGAUUUUGUUGCUUGCGUAACUAAUCUCAGCCCCUCCUUGUUUUCUGUGAAUUUAGGGAGCAGCAGCAGCAGCAGCAGCGGCGGCGACACACCCCUCCUCCAGCUCCCCCACCACCACCACCACUCCCCCUGUCAUUCUGCUGCUGCACGCGCGGGCGAGAGAGGAGAGGAGCCGCGGCCGCGCACAGCUCCGCCGCUGCCGCUCUGGACUGAUCCACCGGAGUCCCCUCCUCAGACAGGAAACACGAGCAGAGCAGGUCGGUCCUCAUCAGCUCGUUUUGAUUUAAAGAGGCAGCUGCAGCCUCUCAUCUCCUCUCCUCUCCUCUCCUCUCCCCCCCACCACUACAACCCCCCAUCACGCAGCGACCAUCACCGGGGCCGAGGAGUGGGGGAGGAAGGACGAAGGAGGAGCUCAGAGGGACCAGGGGCGCUCAGGAGAGGAUGGAGGCUCUGUCCUCGGCUCUGAAGGGACACCCGGGCCUCUCAGUCCUGGUGUUCUCUCUGCUCUUCAGGGCAGCCCACCAGCUGCUGCAGAGGCUGCCGGUCCCCAAGGCGGCGAGGCGGGACGCCUUUCGCUCCUGGAAGUGGAGGAACCUCUCGGUGUCCAUGGUCCACUCCCUGCUGACCGGGACCUGGGCCCUGACCUGUGUGGUGACCUGUCCAGAGAUGCUGAACAACAUCCACUCUUAUCACACGCCGCUGUCCUACCUGCUCGUCUGCGUCUCCACAGGAUACUUUGUGCAAGACGCAGCUGAUAUCAUCCUGACCGGAAAUGCCAGAGGAUCAUGGGAAUUCUUACUCCAUCAUGCAAUGGUGAUCUGGUGUUUCCUGUAUGCCCUCUACACUCAGCUGUACAUAGCUGGUGCCGUGAUCGCCCUCUUCGUGGAGGUCAACAACGUCACCCUGCACCUGAGGCUGAUGCUGAAGCUGGCGGGCACCCAGUCCUCCUACACCUACCACGUCAACAAGCUCGUCAACCUCUUCACCUACGUCAUGUUCCGUCUGAGCACCCAGUUCUACCUCACCUGGUUCAUCGUUCAGAACUACGACUCGCUGAAACGUGGCGGGUACUUCCUCACCACCAUGAGCGUGAUGAACAUCAUGAUCCUGAUUUACUUCUACCGUUUACUCCGGGCCGACUUCUUUACCCGCAGUAAAAGCUACGCGGGACAGAACGGGACGUGUAACAACUAUUCUAAAAAGUUCCUCAAUGACUGACUUGCAAAGGUUUACCGGACUGAACAACGUUUCUACUGUAUUUAAGGUGGGAGUUUACACGUUUUUUUUUUGUGUCUUUUCAUGUUGUAAUUCUUGUGACAACAAACCCUCUCGCCCUGUCGGUUUCACUGCCAAAGAACAAAGACCUCAAAAAUGCCCAGUGUAACAAGAUGCAGCCUCUUUUCACUGCUAAGUGAAAAAUAAAAAUCUAAUAAAUAAAUAAAUAAAUAAAUAAAUAAAUAAAUAAAUAAAUAAAUAAAUAAAUAAAUAAAUAAAUAACACAACUGAAAAUUCAAACUCUAGGUUAAGAUGAGAAUAUUUUUAAAAAAAUAUUUCCAAAGUUUCAGAAACCACAGCAAUCGUUUCGCAGUGUCUCGAUUUGUGAAGACUUCUUAGAUAUUUGGGGAAAUUUCAUAAUCUCAGUGUUAAAUUGAAAACACUCAUUAUUAGAGUGACCGCAUUUUUACUGAUUAACCCACACAGAGCCUAGAGUACCUACAAAAUGAAUCAGAGGGAACAAAUGACAUAGUUGUACUAUUUAUUAGGAUAUGAACUUGGUAAGUGUUAUGGUGAUAUUUAUUUAACAAAGACAGAAAUACGUGGUCCAAGAAUGAAGGUGGGAUGAUCAGCUGAGUUUUAUUGCAACAA